AUGGUUGACGAACGAAAGACGUUGAACGACACAACAGCAGGCAAGGGAGCCCGAGCCGAUAUCAUCGAAGAACAAAUUAGAGUCAAAAAGACCAUCGCUGGAGUACGGUAUGCACAAAGAGAGGCACUUCAGGCCCAAAAUUUUGAUGCAUCCCUAGCCCACAAGGGACGAGACGACACCAACAACAUCAUUGAGCUCGACAAAGCCAUUGAGCGAAUCAAAAUGAACAAUGAGAAGCUGAUCGAACAGAAGCACGAGAAGCUGACCAACAAUCUGGUAACACGGCAUAAGAAAGAAGUGCGACGCCUCCAGCGAGAAAAUGGAAAGCGGGAAGAAGAUCUCAAACGCGAGAGAAAAGCCAACGAGGAAAAUCUGGAGAACAUGAAGCGUCACACUGCGGUCAUUGAGCAAGGGUUGACUAAGCUCCAGUUCCGACAGAAACUUGUGAAGACUCCUGUUUUCACAAACAACAUCACGUUCUCCGCCAUGAUUUGA